AUUAGUAUGUGGACGCCAUCAACAGCAUUAUGGUGUCUUCAAAUGUGUGAACUUAAGGGGUCAUUGUUGCCCUAACGUAUUCUAUUACUUCUGUAUUGGACUCAUCAGUGUGCUUCACAUACACGUGUUUAAUAGAGACAACUCGUUUCUUCGAGAAGUACGGUAUGUAUUUGAAAGUAACAUGUAGUAACUGUUGUUGACAAUCCGCCACUUUCUGCUUAAGAAUCAGAAUAUGUGUGCAGCAGGCAGUAGAAGAAACACCCGUACGUCCAGUGGACAGAGGUCACGUAAAGCUUUUCCGCCAGUUAUGUCUGAAGACUCCAGCAGUGAUGAAGAAUUGUGGCUUCCCACAGAAAGGACAGUGUGUCGCAAAAAGCUGAAUUGUUGGGAAUGUGGUAAAAAUUUCCCCAACAUGCACGGCUUGAUGUCGCACUACCUCAGCCACAAUGUCCCAGCUACCUGCCACAUCUGCAAAAUUACUUUCCGGCGGCUGACAUCACUUUCCACACAUCUGGAUAAUGUACACCCCAGGUUCUGUAAAAUGUGCGGUGUGGCAUUCAAUAAUGUAUGGGAGUUGAACAAACAUGCAGAGACAGACUGCAGGAGUGCUGUGUAUUUAGAUGAGCCCAGGGACAACUGUUGUAAUGAGGUCACUAUAGAGCUAACUGAAGGCUCAGAGGUCUGUGAUGCAGUGCCAGACCCGAGACCUAUAGAAACAAAGGAGAUUAUGCCAGGGGGACCGGAGACAUCUGACAACAGCAUAGAGUACAUUGUCGGUGAAGAUGAUAAAGACACUGACAGUGAUGAAGUUGGUGGAGAGGAUUCAGACAGCUCGACAACUUCUGAAUCUGAUGACACAGAUGAAACAGUAUCUGGAACUUCAUCUUCAGAUAAACUGGAAGAGAAUGAUGGCUCAAAUUCAAGAUCCAUGGAUUUGUUAAAUAAGUCUUCCAACCCUCCACCCUCCAAAAUAAAACAGUCAACACCCCCUAAGCCUGAUAGUUUAUUCUGUCAUGUAUGUAACAGGGGGCCAUUUAGGUCAGUGAAGGUUCACAUGCGGUUUUGUUGUGGUGUGAAGGUAAAACGUUGCCAUCUCUGCUUCAAGGAAUUUCCAACUGAGGAGGCUCUGAAAGAACACCGGCUAAGUUUGUACAAGUGUCACAUCUGUGAGCAAGUUUUGUCUACCUGGACAUUAUACAAAGACCACCAGUGUCCUAAGGGGAUCAGAUCACCUUGUGUUCUCUUUUGUUCUGGGUACAUGCCAAAAGCAUGUAAAAUAUGCAAAUCAUUUUUUACUUGUGAGAGAGCAUUACUUAACCACGUUGCCAAAGUUCACACAAAACUGGUCAGUACCAAGUUCUGCAUUUUGACCAAUCCAUCCCUGUCAACUGAUCAAAAGAUUUCCCCAGUUGUUUCUGGCACAGCAGUCAUCACAUCCCCCUCUUAUUCUGGUCAAAGUCCCAGUGGAGUCAACCAGGUUAUUAAUGGAAAUGUCUUUGUUGGCCAACCCUUUGCUUCAUCCAUGCCCACUGCUGUAAGACCCAGUGCAGGUGUGGUGCCAAAAGUGUCUACAUUUGCUAAUGGGGUACCGGCUAAGAUCAUGAUUGUCCAAAAAAUGCUUCCUAAUGACCCUCAGGUUGUCCAGCAGCAGAGUGCCAAAAACCAGGCAGCCAUCAUGGUGCAGAACAACAUAAAAAGACCCCAUGUAAUGCAGAAGCCUCCUUUGCAUGCUCAGCCAUCUGGUUCCUCUUCACAUGUUAGAACAUCUCCCAUAAAGACGACUUCUUCUGCUGCACAUGACACACAGAUGAAAGAUGCCUUAGUUAACCACAACAAUCUGCCUCAAACACAUCCUACUACACCUGUUGUCUCAGAGAAACCUGCGUCCUCUCCACCAGCACCUACUAUUAUGGCCAUGUUUGAGAACGGCAGCCAUGAUGUGGCUUUGAUGAAGCGUAUGAACACGAGCUGGCGCUUCAAGGCCUCUUACCCCUGCAGGCACUGUGGCGCCAUGUCCCGGCAGCCUGCUCUUAUCAUCAGCCACCGCUACCUCCACAGAGGCCGCCGCUCACAUCUUUGCCAGUGUGGUCGAGCCUUUAAACACAGACUGCACCUGCUGCGGCAUUGUAUCCAGCAUGCCGAGGCCACGAGCUACAUCUGCGUCAGUUGCGGGGAAACUUUCACUGGAGCAAAACUGUUAGCCAAGCACAUGAAAGGCAAAUCUAAAAAAAAGCCACAUCCCUCUGGACACACCUCGAAACAUAGACAUAAAAAUAAGUGCAUGAUGCCUUUGACAUGUGACUGUGGACGACUUUUCUUACGACCUUCUGCAUAUAUAUGGCAUCAACUUAAAAACAGGGCACAAACAAAGCAAUGGGAUAUGCAAAUAAGCAAGCAUUAAUGUGAGGAAUGUCACAAUUUUGUCAUGAAGACAUGUGCUACCACUUGAAAAUAUAAGAAAUAACACACACAGUCUUAAUUAAUGGCUUUUAAUAACAAGCAUAUCUGGACACUCAACAUGCUUUAGCCAUGUGCAAAUGAUACAUAGUAAACAGGGUUAGAGAAAAUUCCUCCAAAGUUUAAUUGACCCCAAGUUAGAAUUGAUAAGGAACAUGUGUCAAUGUUUGACUAAAUUAAAACAGAAACUCCAGUCUUUCCUCAAGAAACAGAGUAAGUCCAGUUAUGCCAUUUUUUUCUCACAAAGUGCUCUUUAUCAGUGAGGUUUGUUAGUUCUGUCUGUUGAUCUGUGGGUUUCUGGUCUAUCUUUUAGUAUCAUAUGCAGACUUAUACGUUAUGGAAAGUUAUUGGCAUUCCAAAUUAAAAUUUGCAUUCUUUGAGGAUUUUUCUCAAUUUUUAUGUUUAUUGUUAGUUCUUAAUCUGAUGUUGUUUACACAGUUUUUCCACUAGAUGGAGCUGUUUGGUCACAAAAAAAACGAGUCUUCAAAGCAAAUUACACUCUGCCUCCAUGGCUUUUGUACUGGGUGAAACUGUGAAAUGUAUUCCCACAUGAAAUCAUGACAACCCAUGACUUUAUAUUUUGAAAUAAAUGCCCCUCUUUUCUUU